UGAGGAAAGUUUUAUGGUGCUAACUUCAAAAGACGCGAUUUUCCCGCAAAAAGUGCGUGAAAUGAACAGGACCUUUUCAGCAGUCGCCCUGUGAGCAUGUGAAAAAGAAUAGACAAAGGAAAAAUGGGUUGACCUGCAGAAACGGGUGGUUUUGUUGAAAAUUUUUAAUUGUUCUUUUGCUUUUGUUUUUAUUGAGAUGAGAAUAAAAGUGUACGGGAUUACCACUUACAGUACAAGUUAAUUUAGAAAUGUUAAUUUAACAACGAGCGUAUGCAAAAUGUUUAACGUAACCUCUUCAAAAUAAACAGUGUUUACCAAAAAUUUUGAAUUCACUCACACACACACACACACACAUGUUAGGAUAUCAGUGCAUAACCGAUAAUAUUUGAUCAAAAAUGUCAAAAAAAACUCGCCAACAAAACCUCCAGCUAACUCUGUCAGGAUAUUUGAAGAAAAUGGAGAAAAAGAAGAUCUUGCCUAAACGUAUGCUGAUCAGUGACAGUGAAAAUGAAGAAGAGGAUGAGAACAAUGAAGAGACUGAUGCUACUAAGUCUAAUUCGUCAAAUUUGUCUGAUGCUAUUGAUUUAACUAACAUCCCUUCAGGUCUUCCAAGACAAAUGCUUGCGGUUUCUAAAAUGGACUCCAUCAUUUCAAUUAAUAGUUCAAUUGAUGAUGAUGACUUCAGAUCUGAUCGAGCUCAAUCUCCGAUUCCAUGUAUUGAUGAUUCAGUUAAAAAAGAAAAUUGUUCAAGAAAAGCAUUUGAACUUUGCAACUUACCUAUAAAAACAAGAACCUUAGCUGAAAACAGUUCUACCGCUGAUGGCACCAUAAGUGCAGAAGGUAACAACAAUUACAAGUUAUCAACAGUUAUAAGAAAAGAUGUUUCAAAUUUUGAAAAAAGCACAAAAUCAAAUGUUAAAUACAAAUUUGAUGAUAAAAACAAAGAACACGAUUUUCGAAGUUUGAUAAGUGAAACAUCUAGUUCAGAUGAUGAAAAAGAGUUUCAAAGUAAAAACAUCAAGAAGUUACAGAAAAAGUCACAAACUAUAAGAAAGAUAAAAAGCAGCAUUAUAGAUAGUGAUUCUUCAUCUACUCCAUCGCCUAUAAAAAAUGUAGCAAACACUUCAUUUGAAGAACCUACAUCUAAAGUUUUCAAAAAAUCUGCAAGAAAUAUUAUUGACAGCGAUACAUCAUACUGUGCAUCACCUUGUAAAGAAAAUACAUUACCGAAUAUCAACAAAGGUUCAGUAAGUCCAAAUAAUGUUUUCACAAAAGCAGCACUGUCAAAUUCAAAUGCUGAGACAAAUUUGAGACCUCUAGGUUUCAAUGGUGUAUUAGAUAAAUGGAUUGAAGUAACAAACAAUGGUUCGUUAGUUUCUGUCAAUACUCAGGUAGCAUCCAAAGAAAAACUAGAAUCAGGGAAAAAUGAUUUAAAGGAUUUACAGAUACAAAUACUGGAAAAAUUUUUUAAUGCUUUUGAUAAAAUCCCUGUUACUACUUUGAAUGAGUUUCCAGAGUUUGAUGCUGAAACAUGUCAACGUUUGAGAAGUUUGUAUCAUAGAGUUAAAGCCAAAAUCAAGCAGACUGAUAAAAAAUUGCAAAAUAUUAGUAUUCAGGAAGAAGAACAAGAAAUUGAAAAAAAAUUUGCAAAAGAUAAACAAGCAUUGAAAAUUUUGCAUGAAGAUUCCCUUACUGAUUAUGAACCAGAUCAAGAUCAUCUUUUAUCAGCAGACUAUGAUCAAAGUCACAGAUAUAACUACAAUGAAACUACUGAAAAUAAACGUUUACAAUCUACUAGCCAACCAAAAAGCAGUCAAAGCAGUGAGUCUCCUCAAACUCCACCUGUAAAUGGUCAAAAGAAAGGACGUUUUCAAUUGAAAAUGCCUGUUAAGGCAACUAUAAAUCCAGUGGCAUCAAAGAAGAUUGAGGAAAUGAUGGAAAAAUCAUUAGUCAUAAAGCCAAAUUCAGAAGAACUUCAGUCUAAAACGUCAUUUUCACAAUCACGUUACUUAGAAUCUUCAAAUGAUACUUGGAGUAACUUUGAAACAAAUAAUGUUUCAAAAAAGACUGAUAAUCACAACAAGUAUGAUCAACGAAAUAAUGUUGUAGAACAAGAUAGUCCAAACGAUUUUGCAAUGAUACAGCAAAUGUCAUCAUGGAGUGGCUUUGGUGACAAUUUCUCAUCUGGCAGUAGUGGUUAUAAAAUGGAAAAAAGUCUAACUCAACAGUUGUGUGAACUUCCAGAUAUAGAUAAAAAUAAAAUUAACAUGAUUUCAGAGCCUGAUUACGGUUAUGUGCAAUCGAAUUGUAAUACUAGUUCGCAAAAAUUCUCUCAAAAUAGCACUAAUUCUAAAACCGAAUCAAAAUCCAAUAGUAAUGAUGUGGUUGCUCAGUUUAUUGGAAAUUUCAAGAAUGACGGCGUUAGCGGAGAAUUCGAUAGCAUGAAAUAUCCUCAUUCUAGAGAAAUGAUGAAUGUCUUUAGACAAAAAUUUGGUCUGUACAGCUUUAGACCAAACCAGUUGCAAGCUAUAAACGCGGCUAUUUGUGGCUAUGACUGUUUCAUUUUGAUGCCUACUGGUGGAGGCAAAUCUUUAUGUUAUCAACUACCGGCUUUACUUACACCGGGAGUAACGAUAGUCGUGUCUCCCUUGAAGAGUCUUAUCAUCGAUCAAGUGCAGAAAUUAAUUUCUCUCGAUAUAUCAGCGGCUCACUUGUCUAGUAGUGUGACAGACGAACAGGCACAGUCAGUUUACAGAGAAUUGGCAAAGAAAGAACCUUCUUUGAAACUUCUUUACCUGACGCCGGAAAAAAUCUCCGCAUCUCAAAAAAUCGGCGAUGCGCUUAGGGCUCUUUACGAACGAGGAAUGUUAGCGAGAUUUGUGAUCGAUGAAGCUCAUUGCGUCAGUCAAUGGGGCCAUGAUUUUAGGCCAGAUUACAAGAAACUUCAAUUGUUAAGAAAAAAUUACCCCAAAGUUCCCACAAUGGCAUUAACUGCUACGGCAACUCCACGUGUGAGAACUGACAUUCUUCAUCAACUGGGCAUGACUAAUCCCAAGUGGUUCAUGUCGAGCUUCAAUAGGCCUAACUUGCACUACGUUGUAACUAGCAAAAAAGGUAAAAAUUCGACGGAAGAAAUCAUUGAAAUGAUUAAGAGAGAUUUCAGAAACGAUUGCGGCAUCGUCUAUUGCCUUUCUCGAAAGGAUUGCGAUUCCUUUGCGGAUACAAUGAAAAGUAACGGAAUUAAAGCUCUAAGCUAUCACGCUGGACUCAGUGAUCAUCAAAGAUUAGAAAUUCAAGGCAGAUGGAUUUCAGAACAGAUUAAAGUUGUCUGCGCUACUAUAGCGUUUGGUAUGGGUAUAGACAAGCCUAACGUCAGAUUCGUGAUUCACGCUACUCUGCCCAAGUCUAUCGAAGGCUACUAUCAAGAAAGUGGUCGCGCUGGUCGCGAUGGUGAAAAUGCAGAAUGCAUUUUGUUCUAUCAUUACGGUGAUAUGAUGAGGCACAGAAAAAUGAUAGAAGGUGAUAGCACAUCUAAUUGGGAGGCUCAAAAAACGCAUAUGGAUAAUUUGUUCAAGAUUGUUGCAUUUUGCGAGAACAAGACUGAUUGUCGCAGAGGAUUGCAAUUAAAUUAUUUCGGAGAGAUGUUUGAUCGAUCUAUAUGUAUCGCUAGAAAGCAGACUACUUGUGAUAAUUGCAGAAAUCAGGGACGGUUCGUUAAUGAAGACGUUACUGAAAAUGCUAAAGCAUUAGUAACGUUAGUUCGAGAUUUGACUAAACAAAGAGGUAACAGCGCUACUAUUUUAUACGUGACGGACGUUUACAAAGGAAGUAAUUUAAAAAAAGUCAGAGAUCAAGGUCACGAUCGUCAUCCUUUGUAUGGGCACGGAAAAUCUUGGCAGAAGAAUGAUAUCGAAAGAUUAUUGCAUAAAUUAGUGAUCGACGGUUAUCUUAAAGAAAACUUGUAUGUAAAUAAUGAAAUAACGUGUUCCUAUGUUGGCGUUGGACCGAAAGCCCAAGAGUUAAUGACUUCAAGCAGUAUUCAGAUAUUUUUACAAACAAGAAAAGAAGAAAAAUCAGCAUCUUCAUCUUCGGUCGUUGCUACGGUUACCAGCUCGUCAAGUACUUCUGAUAAUAAUAAGCAAGACUACAACAAGGGCAUAAAUGAGCUGAAACAAAAAUGCUACACUGAACUUGCUGAAAUUGUCAAUGGAAUCGCUGGCGCACUUGACGUUUCGGCUAACUCUAUUAUGAAUAUGGUAGCCCUUCGUGUUAUGAGUCAGCAGUUGCCUGAAUCUGAAGAAGACAUGCUGAAAAUCCCGCACGUUACGAAAGCUAACUUUGACAAAUAUGGUAAAGCUUUACUCGAUAUAACACAAAAAUAUGCAGCCGAAAGAUGCGUAUUGUUAGCUGAACAACAAGAGGCCGAGAAAGCAAGGGGCGCAGCUGCAUCUGUAGCGAGUGCACCGUACAUCGACGAGGACGACGAUUGGACAGAAGCUGCAGGCACGAGCUCGGGAGGUGGCAGAAAAAGAAAAAGCGGAUUUGGGGGCAACUUCAAUUUCAAAAAAUUCAAGAAAAGUACUGCAAGUUCUAAGCGUGGAGCCAGGAGUUCGUCAAAAUCUAAAGCUGGUAGUGGUGGCAGCAGCGGUAGUAGUAGAGGCAAAGGCUCAAGCUCUAAAUCGCGGGGCCCAGGACUCGUUGACUUUUCUAAUAAAAAGCAGAACCCAGGACGAUACGUAAAUCUUCUUUAGUUUAAAAUUUUUUUUUUCGUUUAAAUUAUUCCCGUUUCUAGUAUUGUCUAUCGUUUAAGUUCGUAAUGUAUUAUUGCUUUUCAUGCUGAAUGUUAUGUAGUUACUAUUUAUAAAUUUAUAUUACGAUUAUAAAGUUAAACAUAGAUUAUUUAAAGUACGAAAAACUUUUUUGCGUCUGUUUAUGUAAAUAAGAGUUGAUAAUGCGUAAUUUUAUACUUUUAUAAAGGUGAAUAAAUUUUAUUAAGAAUUUUGAUAAUAUAAAAAA